UGGAGGAGAGCAUAGGAGAGCACGCACACUGUCAAGUUUUACAAGGGAGUAUCGUUAAAACAGUCAUGUCGUACACCUGCAUCAGCUGCCGUGUACAGUUCUCUGAUGGGGAUGUUCAGCGGGCUCAUUAUAAAGAAGAUUGGCAUCGCUACAAUCUGAAAAGGAAGGUGGCAGACAUGCCUCCAGUCACUGCGGAAAACUUCCAUGAACGAGUGCUGGUACAGCGGGCAUCAGCAGAACAGCAGAUCCAGGGCAGCGGGCAUGGCUCUGUGUACUGUGCCACCUGCAACAAAAAUUUCUCCAGUGAUAAUGCCUACACAAAUCACAUCCAGUCCAAUAAACACCAGCAGGCAGAGAGGAAAGCCCUGACUGCCGCCCAGAAGACUGUCCAGCGAAUGAAUGAGAAGAAUCUGGAGAAAGGGGUGGAGAUUGACAAGGAUGCACAGAAUGAAGCUCUUCAGAAGGCACUCAAAGAGCAGCAGAGACACACCCCCUCUGAAGCCACACCUACAGAGAGGCAGGUUCGACAGUGGCCGGACAAACCACCUCGGCUGCAGUGGUUCGAGCAGCAGGCCAAGAAGCUUGAGGAGGGCGAGAAUGUGGAGGAGGAGGAGUGGGAGGAUGUUGUUGUUGAUGAUGAUGAGGAGGAUAUGGACGGAGAUGAAGAAGAGGAGAUGGAGGAGGAGGACUCUGCGUCCGGAGCUGCUCAGGCCCCUGGUUCAAUCCCAGUUACAGAUUGUAUGUUCUGUGGGCAUCACUCGCGCUCACUGACACGAAAUGUAGCACACAUGACCAAAACACACAGCUUCUUCCUCCCAGAUAUUGAGUAUCUGGUCGACCUCAAAGGACUUAUUUCAUAUCUGGGAGAGAAGGUCGGUUUGGGCAAAGUGUGCUUAUGGUGUAAUGAGAAAGGCAAAUCAUUCUACUCUACGGAAGCAGUUCAGGCACACAUGACCGACAAGAGUCACUGUAAGCUCUUCACAGAUGGAGAUGCUGCACUUGAGUUUGCAGACUUCUUCGACUUCAGGAGUAGUUAUCCUGAUGCUAAAGAUGGAGAUGAUAUGGAGAUGAAGGAUGGCGAUCUACCUGAUGAAAAGACAGUAGAGGUUGAUGACGAAACGCUGGAGCUCACUUUACCCUCAGGUGCCAAGAUUGGCCAUCGCUCUCUGAUGAGGUACUAUAAGCAGAGGUUUGGGGUUCAGAGGGCACUGGUUCCAGCUCGUAACCAAAAGGCUGUAGGUCGAGUCCUUAAACAAUACAGAGCACUUGGCUGGGGAGGAGACUUUGGAAAGGGCUUUGUGAGCCAGCAGCAGAAGGACAUGCAGUAUGUGCAGAGAAUGAAGUCCAAGUGGAUGCUGAAGAUGGGCAUGAACAACAACACCACCAAACAGACCCAUUUCAGAGCACAAGUCCUGUUCUAAGAUAUGAACUUGAAUAUGCUCGUUCAAAUAAAACGUGUUAUGCUGCUGCUGAUGUAAAAAUUGGAAAUAAAAAUGUGUUGUGUGUAUAAAGAUGGAAUAUGAUACUUUAAAAAAGUAGUGUAGGAGUAAAAAAAAUCUUUCUCUAGAUAUUUGGAGAUACAAUAAUGUGCUAACCCAGAAUAAACAUCAGAAGACCAUUUUGGGUUUUGAAAACUAUUCAGUGACAUUACUACCAUUUGUAAGCUUAUUACUGCUUGUAAGGAAACAUAGAUUGUAUAGAGCAACAUAUGGAUUAUUAAUAAAAAUAAAAU